UUUUAUCAAUUGGACGUUUCACGACUUCACAAGGUAGGAUUGUUUGGCUUCCCUCUAAAAAUGGCUGCCGUAUUGGACGAAGUCGGCAAAUCCGCGGAAAAAUUAGUAAACGAAGAAAAGAAUGAAAUUGUUGAUGAAGAGGAUGAAGCUGGUGCAGUAGAAGCAUCCAAGAAGAAGAAGAAGAAGAAAAAGAAGAAGAAAGCUGGAGCUGGUGAAGCUAGUGCAGAUGUUCCAGAAGGAGAAGAAGACAAAGCAAAAGAGGAUAAUACUGUGGGAGAGGAUGGUGGUGCAGAACCAGCAGAAAAUGAUGCAGACACUGAGGAUGCGAAAAAGAAGAAGAAAAAACGUAAACCCCGCGGAAAAGGCGGUGCUAAACAACAAACGGAUCCUCCAACUAUUCCCGUGGCAGAAUUAUUCCCCGAUGGAAACUUUCCAGUAGGGCAGAUAAUGGAUCAUCCUUCUGCGGCAGGAGUAGAUGACAGAACAGCAAAGGAACGUUUCUCAAGCGAGGAGGCGCGUGCUUUUGAUAGAAUGCACAAUGAUAUUUAUAACGAGGCUAGACAAGCAGCCGAAGCUCAUAGACAAACCAGGAAACAUAUUAUGAAAUGGGUAAGACCAGGGAUGACGAUGAUAGAGAUUUGCAAUGAAUUGGAAAACACAGCUAGAAAACUGAUAGGAGAGGAUGGAUUUAAAGCUGGAUUAGCCUUUCCAACUGGCUGUUCCCGAAACCAUUGCGCUGCUCAUUAUACACCAAACGCUGGGGAUCCGACCGUCUUGGAAUACGACGACGUCACCAAAAUUGAUUUUGGUACACAUAUAAACGGUCGUAUUAUCGACUGCGCAUUUACUUUGGCAUUUAACCCAAAAUAUGAUAAGCUUAUCGAAGCAGUUCGUGACGCCACGAACACUGGAAUUAAAGCAGCUGGUAUAGACGUUCAACUUUGCGACGUUGGCGCUGCGAUUCAAGAAGUUAUGGAAUCGUACGAAGUUGAACUGGAUGGUAAAACUUAUCAGGUGAAAUCCAUUAGAAAUCUGAACGGUCAUUCGAUCGCUCCGUACCGUAUUCAUGCUGGAAAAACUGUACCGAUAGUUAAGGGUGGAGAAGCUACAAGAAUGGAGGAAAAUGAGUUUUACGCAAUCGAGACUUUCGGAUCCACCGGAAGGGGAAUCGUACACGACGAUUUGGAUUGUUCCCAUUACAUGAAAAGUUUUGACGCCGGUUUUGUCCCGUUAAGAUUGCAGAGCAGUAAAUCACUGCUGAACGUUAUCAACAAGCAUUUUGGUACUUUGGCCUUCUGUAAACGAUGGUUAGAUCGCGUCGGUUGUACAAAGUAUCAGAUGGCUUUGAAGGACUUGUGCGACAAGGGUGCGGUCGAGGCUUAUCCGCCUUUGGUCGACGUGAAGGGAUGUUACACUGCUCAGUUCGAGCACACCCUUGUUCUACGUCCGACGUGUAAAGAAGUCAUUUCCCGUGGAGACGAUUACUAAAAUGUCUAUUAUUUUUAAUCCAUGUUACAUAUACUCUCACCAAUACUCUCUGUCUGGGAAUGUACAAGUUGGUUUGUGUAAAAUCACAUUAACGAUAAAUGUUACUGAUUGAUAA